GCGCGGUGCAUUGUGGGACACAGGAUAACAUGGAGGCGGCCGCUGGCAACAUGUCGAACCCUCACUAACAUUCAUUUUAAAGCGUUAAAUAUCUGCAUGAGGGUUUAAUCAAUGUCCCUGUGUUGAAAUAAAAAAGGGACUCGACUGGCGCAAGGUUGCUGACUGACGUGGAAACAGAAAAGAGUCGGAGAUGUCUGUGCUGGGAGGUUUGCUGAGAGCCGGCGCGUCCUUCUGUCAGUCUGCUGGGACGCUGCUGCAAACGGCGAGGACCAUUUCCACUGGUACAUGCUGCCGGAUCAGGAUGCAUGCCAUCCCUGAGCUGAAGAAGGUGGACAGAUGGACGGAGAAGAGGAGCAUGUUUGGAGUUUAUGAUAACAUAGGCAUAUUAGGAGAUUUUAAGGCUCAUCCCAAAGACCUUAUUCUGGCCCCCUGCUGGUUGAAGGCUUUCAAAGGUAAUGAACUGGAGCGUCUCAUUCGCAAAAAGAAGAUGGUGGGAGACAGAAUGAUGGCCGUGGACAGACACAACAUGGAGAAGAGGAUCCGCUUCCUCUACAGACACUUCAACCGCAUUGGAAAACAUCGCUAACAUGAAAAGAACCACACUGGCACAUAACAUCGGACCAGCCAAUAAGGACUGAUGGAGUCGAGCAGUGGGAUUUCAUGCUCUCACUGUGUGAUAUAUUUCCAUUUUCUAAGUUAUGUGAUUUCUUUUUUCAAUUAUUUGUCGAUUGACUUUGGCCCUGUCAACAAUGAUGAUGAUUAAAAGUUUCUUGACAAACACAAAAUGCCUGAAAAUACCUUAUAAAAAUGAAUUGGAAAAGAA